AUGCCGUCGAGAAAAGCGGCAACUGCUCGUUUCGCUUGGUCAUUAUCGUUUACUUCUUUCGCUUUGGUCUCUGGAUUCUUUAAUGGCUCCCAGGACGAAGGGUUGCGUUUCGUUGGCAGCUGUUCGAGCGGUGUUCUGACACCAAUAGGCUCUGGGAUGUUGUCCUAUGCACUAGUUGUUCCCAUAAUUUUUCUGGCGCUAGAAGCAAGUGCUUCAGAGGACUGGCAACCCAUCGGCUACAAAGAUUGCAAGUCCAGAUUCAACAUUUUGGACGUUCAAGCAGCCGGCUGUUACCUGAAAGAUACACCAAGUGGGAAGAAGCUGUGUGAAUUUAAAGAAGGAUCUACUCCCAGAAUUAGGAUCAAGUUUAUUCCAGAUGAGACUGUAGAGAAGCUGAAAACGCAGAUUAAAGCCAAAAUUGGUCAGACAUUCCUUGAGUUCCCUAUGGCCGAUGCAGACGCUUGCACUUACGGAGUAUCGUGCCCAGUAGAAGCUGGAAAAGAGUAUGUUUACGAAAAGGGAAUUGAGAUCAUCCACAACUAUCCAAAGGACGAAACCGUGCAAGUGAACUGGAUGGUAAAGGAUGAUAAGAACGACACGAAAGGCGUGUGCAUCAUUUUUUUGGCUCGAAUAAUCGCGUAGCUUGUCUAUGUUUGGUUUCAAUGCUAAUAAAUCUCUGGUAUGUUCAUAAUUUAUUGUU